UGCUGUUGAAAGUAGAAAGGAAGGAAGGCAGGAAGGCAGCAACUAACUAGGUAUUGACACCCAAAUCACAUUUGUGGCGCGCGUCGUCUUCUUCCUCUCCCACCACACCAUUCAUUCACUCUCUUCAUUUUCUUCUUCUUCUAUAACAAUAAUAAUGGACUCUCAGAACUCUUGAAACCCCUUCUCAUUCUCACCCAUGAUCCCUUCUCUCCCUCAUCACAAUGGUUAUCCACUCUCUUCCUCUUCGGCUUGGCUGUCGGCGUCGCCGGCGAGAUCCUCCCUGAGACGCUCCAAUCAAUGCUCGACCUAUGCAGCGUCGUUUUCGUCGACGCGCAGGCCAUAAUCCGAACAUUCGACCCCGAAGAUGGAACGGUGAGCCUCGUGAAUUUGAAUGAAACGGGAUUCUUCCACCUUCUCCCUAGGAUCGCGUUCUUGAAGUGUUCGGCAGAAGAGGCGAUUUUCGUCGAUAUUGAGGAGGCGAGGAAGUGGUGCUGCGUGGUGGUCACGUGCGGAAGGCAUGGGUGUGAGGUGUUCUGGAAGGACGGGGAGUUGAAGGUGCCGCCUUUUGCUGCGGAUCAGGUUGAUCCGACGGGGGCAGGGGACAGUUUCUUGGGCGGGUUCGCGGCGGGUAUCGUGAUGGGUUUGGGUGUUUGGGAUGCGGCGUUGUUGGGGAAUUUCUUUGGUUCCUUGGCUGUGGCCCAGGUUGGUCCCCCAAAGCUUGAUGCCAAGUUGUUUCAGGUAGUUAAGGAUGAGAUGCAGAAAAGGAAGAUACAAGACUUCCCCUGCUUAGAAAGAAGAGGUGAUUGGUUGGGGUUUCGGGAAUCACCUGAUCAAGAUCAAUUCUAUGAGUCUCUUGCUGCUACUAAAACCGUAGUUAUGUCCCAGAUUCAAGAACCAGAUUGGAAUUUAGUGAGCUCACCAAAGGCGGCGGCAGAGCAGAAUAACUCAAAGGCAAAACUGCCACUGAAUUACGUUCAAGAGGAACCGAUUCCAAGUUGCGAUGGCAAACCUUGAUCUCAUUGAUGUUGGAGCUCAAAAUGUCACAUUCAAUUUUCUUGCACUCUUUCAUUUUAAGGAACGCUGCAUUUUGUACACCUAAUUCCACAUGUAGCCUAAUUGUAGUUAUAACUUGUAGUUUUACUAAUCACUAAUAAGAAAUAAAAAGGGAAAGAAAAAUAUAUAUCAAAUUCAACGGAUUGAAAUUC